GCGGGCUCAUACUAAGCAGCCGACAUGAAGUCUCACCCUUCAAGUAGAUCUGCGCCAAAAGACGCGGAAAUGCUCCUCGGCGGCAGCCUCGCGGGAACACCCGGCGCUAAGCCAGUGCCUCUCCGCAUUAUGCGAAAGCCCGUCGCGGUGCAUUCUCCAUGGCAGGGCAUAGUGCGAGAUGAAGAGCCACGACGGUCGCUCCUUUUCAAGCGCAAAGCGAUCGAUGGAGAUGCAAAUCAGUAUGCACCACUGGUGGAUAACCCCGAAUUACAUCGUGUUAACCACUUUGUUGGAUGGGGAGCGACUCUUCGAGUCUGGAGUUGGGAAAUCGCAGCGCUGGCUGUCAGCGGUAUCGCCUUGAUGGCCAUCAUUAUCACGCUACGACAAUUUGAGGACGCGAGCAUCAAGUGGUGGAAAGCGCCAAUAUCCAUCAAUGCAGCUGUUGCCAUUCUGUCGGCCCUCUUCCGCGGCCUUUUAUUCAUACCAAUAUCCAACGGUCUUGGCCAGCUCAAGUGGCUAUCUGUUUCUCAAAUCAACCAAAGACUAGUGGAUAUGAAUAUUUAUGACCAAGCUAGUCGUGGAGUUUGGGGCUCAGUAGUGCUUCUAGCCAAGCAGUUCACUAGCCGCCGCCUAUCAUUUAUUGCCAGUAUAGGCGCUAUACUAGGUCUCAUAGCACUCAUUACAGAGCCUUUCUCGCAAGCUGCUGUCUCUAUUGGCUCAUGUGAGAGGCCUUUCCCUCACCAAGCGGCGUUGCCGCGCGCUAAUGGCUACGCCGACGCGCCACAUGUCGGUGCUGGCAUCAAUGAAUUAACAUCACAGAUGCAAUUCGCAGCGUUGAGUGGCUUUUACAAUCCGCCAAAGGAUUUGUCAGAUCCGAUCAACGGUCUUGUCACUUGUCCAACGGGAAACUGUUCCUUCUCCAACGGCGAUGACAGUAUCUACUUUGAGACGAUAGACUUGGGUUCUUCGUGCAAAGACAUAUCUAGCAAAAUCAAACUAACUGUUGAUUCAUUUUAUCCCAGAUCCUACUUAUCUGGAUAUGCGAACAAUAUUACCUUGACUAGCCUGGGCAAAAGCAGUUUCGACCCACGCGGCACGGUCCUCGGUUUUAUGAGCACUCCGGCACUAGGUGAAAUAAAAGAGCCUUGGCCAGAUGGACCUUGGAAGAGUACAAGCUUGGUAUCGUUUCAAGGUAUGGCUGGUAUGUUGGAGAAUGGCUCUCUUUACCCGCGGGCGUUUGAUUGUAGCCUACGCCCCUGUGUGCGAUCGCUCUCAGCCACAGUUGUCAAUGGAAAAUAUGCUGAAAAGGAACAUAGUCGUCAGUAUCUACAUUAUCUUGCUUCAACAAGGCAGUUCGAACUGGCCCUAAACUGUACGCGGAUCAACGGCACAUGGCAUACCUGUAAAAGUAGUGCAACUGAAACAGCUACACACAACAUGCAGGCCACUCCAUGGGAGCUACAGCAAGAUGCGCACCUUACAAAAGCUAACAAUACUGGGCGUUGGUACGAGCCAAAGUGCUAUUAUUUUGUUACUUUAGGAGUUUUGUUGGGCUUCUCACGUUAUCUGGGAUCAACAUUUGAUAGUGCGUUUGUAACCGUAGAGCCUGGGUCUAUUGUGAGCGGUGCUGCCUGGGCUAAAGACCUUUGGAAGCGAGGCAAUAUGACCAUGGAUUCAGUGAACAAGUUCUCCACAGGGCUUGCAGCUUCUAUCGGGGCUGAGAUGCGAAGAGGCGGUAGUCCUUAUGACUUUACUAACAAAGUGAUAUUGGAGCCAGCAAGUCUAGAGGUUUCCGGCGACAUGGUGCUCAUAGAGCCUUGUAUCACAGUUCAGUGGAAGUACUUGUCAUUCCUGGCAUUCUUGUGGGCUUUUACGGCGCUCUUUUGUGGUGCUAUUAUUCUUGCGCAACACCAAAGCCGACUUGGAGCCGGCACCGACUGGAAAACAUCAAUACUGCCGCUACUCUUUCAAGCAAUACAUAACGGUGACGGACUAUCGUCGAAUGCGUCGUACCGGGACUCAGAUCUGCAGCGACGAGCGGAAGAGGUUGCUGUGCAACUGGCUGACUCGGACGGGCAAUGGGUACUCCAGCGAAGAUCAAACUCGAAUCAUGCUUUUAGAUAAUUAGAGAAUUAGCUAGGAAUGGAGCUGCACUGCUCACUGAAUGUUUAUCUAUGUUUUUUCAUUGAUAGCCUACAUGUAUCGGCA